AUGUCAAUAAAUCCUGUUCCUUUGUUAGAAGGAGAGAUUUGUAGAGAGAGCUCUGGGGGUUCUGUGAUGACGGUAACACCACCACCUACUCGGCCCCGGAGGCCACCGAAGAAGAAAGCAACUGUGGAAGAGGUGAUGAAGCGGCAGCUGCAAUGUAGUAAGUGCAAGGCGCUUGGUCAUAACAAAUCAACUUGUAAAGUUGAACCAUUCAGAGACCCUGUCAGAUAUUAA